CAGAAAAAAAGGGAUAAAUUCACAGCAGAGGAAAAAAAAAAAAAGACGAGCCAAGAUUUGUAUCGUCGUCGUCUCCGAUGCUCAGCUCCAUCAUCGACGACAAACCUGCCCCCUCCACUUGGCUCAACCGCCUCCGUUUAAACAGAGGACUCUCCACCACUGAAGAUGACGAUGCUUCUGGCAAUCCACUUACUCUCGACGACUUUCUCCGCCGCAACCACCACACCGAAAUCACCGCCAUUAGUUCCGCCUCCGAUUCACCUCCAUCUGCUCCAAUUCCAUCAGAUCCAGAAUUAGCUGAAAGUCCAUCGGAAGAACCAGUUCCCGGAGAAUGGUACGGCGUGAUGAGCGAUGUUCUCUCCGAGCUAUUCAAUUUCGGCGGCACAUCUAAAUCUUCCACAAUUCCAGGGAAGAAGAAGUUGCCUAGGAAACAAUCAAACCCUAGGCAUUGCUCAUUAGACACUCCUAACGACGUUGUUCCAUUGGUAAAUCAGAAAAGCAACGACGCGAAUUGUCUCCCUCGUGUUCGUGAAUUCGCUACUUCAUCAUCGCGUAGUUCGUACAAUAAGAAACCGGCGCCGGCGACGGAGAUUAGGGAAAGGAGAAGAAGUGUAGCGGAAGGUGAGGAUGUGGAUGAGGAAGAAGAGAAAGGAGAGAAGGAUUUAGUUGGAUUUUCGAGGAGUGAAGUGACGGUGAUUGAUACUAGCUUCAAGAUUUGGAAAUCUGAGAAACUUGUUUUCAGGAGGAGAAAUGUUUGGAAAGUGAGGGAGAAGAAAGGUAAAUCAAGAGUUGUUUCGAAGACGAAGAAGAUGAUGAAGAAGAAGAAGAAGAAAAAGAGGAAAUGUGACGUCGGUGAUGAUGAUGGUGAAAUUGCUCGGAAAAGCAAGAAGAUGAAGAUUUCAACAUCAGUUUCAAACAAUAACCCACAAUAUGACGUCGAAGAGAUUCAUGAUGAACCAGAAAGCAGCAAUGUCAGCCGAAGGCAAGUUCAUUAGCUGUGUUAAUCAAUGGCUCCUAGUCCU